AUGCCGACUGCUCUGGUGGUGAAGGGGGCCUGGAUGGCCUCAGUUGGAGCAUUUUCGACGCCUUGGCGGUCGUCACGUGGUGCUGAUGUCCGUGCGCUUAUCGAGACAACUACUCUUAUCGCCCAGCUGCGGUAUCGGAUGAAAAGGUACCGAUGA